AUGGCGACAUGUGAGGAAUUGGACAAAAUCGCUCCGAAACUCAACGGACGAAGAGAAGGCACCUUUGCGUAUAUUACAAUCAAAGAUAGAUGGCCUAAAAUUGUAACCAAAAUAGUGGAUUCCUUAAAACGAGAUAUGAAGCAAAUAACCCUGGAUUACGGAGAAGAAGCAGAGGCUGACGUUCGUUCGUUUAUGGAAGUUCUUUCGAAGCUUCGUUACCUUAUUAUGACAGAUAAGCCUUUGACGAAUUUUUACGACAAUGCGCCAGAUGCAACGAUGUGGAAUGAACUUUUAGAUGAUCUACGCGAUAAAGACCCUCAGCUGGAAUGUGAGACUUUAACUUGGUAUCGCGGGGAUUGGUUAUUUGUCGAAUGUUAUCUGUACCGAACCAUUUAUGGAGCCGCUUAUUCCACCAUAAAGCUUCGUGAUUACGACUAUUUCAAAUCUAGCAAAAUUGCGAGCUUCACUGACCACAUUUCUCACAUGGAAGACUCGAUUUCGUACCUUCUCUCGAUUGUCGAAGACGGCGCCCCAGUUCACGAGACCUUUGGAUUGAAUUGCAUGAUCAAGACUAGUCUUUGGGGAAACCGAGCGGACAUGUCACUUACUGGCGGAGACAAUUCAGUUAUGAACCAAUCUGCUAUGCACGCGUCAUCAAAACUUGAUGAUCUUAUUCUCGUGAAUGACAUUGACAAAGCUGUCGUCGAAUACCUCUACCCCUUAGUUAAAAACAAAGAGGGAUUGACUAACAGAAGAAUCGAUAUUAUUCUUGACAACGCUGGUAUCGAGCUCGUAUGUGAUCUCGUGCUCGCUGAAUACUUCCUUUCGAUGCGCUUCGCUGAUAAAAUUGUUGUUCACGGAAAGUCUUACCCUUGGUUUGUUUCGGAUGUUACCAAGCAAGAUUUCGACUGGACGAUUAAUGCGCUAAUGAAUUCGACGGAAAUAUGUCAAAAAUUGGCUUCUAGACUUCAAAAACGCGUAGAUGAUAAAACUAUUGAGUUUAAAUCGCACCCAUUUUGGACUUAUCCGCACGCUUAUUUCCAAAUGAAAGGAACUGCGCCAGAUCUUUACGAAGAUUUGGCACAAGCCAAGUUUGCAUUUUUCAAAGGAGAUCUCAACUAUCGAAAAUUAGUUGGAGACCGUGAUUGGGACCUUGAAACCAGCUUCAAAGUCUCAUUACGCGGAUUUUCACCGUGCCCGUUCAUGGCAUUGCGAACGCUCAAAGCCGAAACUGUUGUCGGUUUGAGCAAAGAAAAAGUGUGCCAGUUGACGAAUGAAUAUGACGAGAGCACUGAUUGGAUGGUGUCCGGCAAAUACGCGGUCUGCCAGUUGAGCGGAUCCUCGUGA